AUGACGUUAUUUUAUUCUACGGAAGACACAGGAUCGAUGACACCUGACACCAUGUUGUAUUACUUUAUAAAAUGUCAUAUUCAUAUCAACAAUGAGGUUGAACCUAUUAUUGAUGCACCCCGUAAAAUUCCUUUUGCUCUGUAUGAACAACUUCGUAAAGAACUGGAUAAUAUGUGUUAUUUAAAAGUUAUAGAGAGAAUUGCAUCACCAACGUCAUGGGUUAGUUCAAUAGUCAUAGUGAAGAAGAAAAAUAAUAAAUUAAGAAUAUGCUUAGAUCCUAGAAAUUUGAAUAGAGCAAUUAGUCGGUCACAUUACCCUCUUCCUACUUUUGAGGCAGUUAAAACUCAAUUGAGUGGCACUAAAUUUUUUUCAACACUAGAUGCCAACUCGGGGUUUUGGAUGAUACCACUUGAUGAAAAAAGCUCUGAGCUCUGUACAUUCAAUACACCUUUCGGUAGGUAUAAAUUUCUCAGGUUGCCAUAUGGUCUUAACUGUGCACCUGAAAUUUUUCAUCGUAUUAUUACUGAACUGUUCUCUGAUAUUGUUGGAGUUAUUGUAUAUAUUGAUGACUUAAUUAUAACAGGUACAACUCUAGAAGAGCACAAUCAACGACUUAAGAAAGUGUUGGACAGAGCAAGGGAAGUUAAUCUAAAAUUUAAUAAAAGUAAAUGUAUAAUAGGUGUUACUGAAGUAAAAUUCUUGGGUCAUGUUUUUAAUAGUGAAGGGGUUAAACCUGAUCCUGAUAAAAUUAAAGCCAUUGUCAAUAUGCCUUCUCCCAAGUCAGUUAAAGAUUUACAAAGAUUUCUGGGCAUGAUAAAUUAUUUAAGUUCAUAUAUUCCUAAAUUAGCUGAUGAGACAACACUUUUGCGAUCACUGCUUAAAAAGAAUACAUCAUGGGUAUGGGAUGAAAACUAUGAGUCUAUGUUUAACAAGGUUAAAAACAGUAUUACAACUGCUCCUGUCUUAUCUUAUUAUGAUCCGUCGAUACCACUAACAUUGUCAGUUGAUGCAUCUCAAUUUGCAGUUGGAGCAGUCAUUUUACAGAACGACAAGCCUUGUGCUUACGCUUCACAAACCCUCACUUCUGCACAACAAAACUAUGCUCAAAUAGAAAAAGAAUUGUAUGCAAUUGUUUUUGGUUGUAAAAGGUUUCACCAAUACUUAUACGGUCAGGUUGUCAAAGUUCAAACAGACCAUAAGCCUUUAGUUUCACUGUUCAGAAAGGCUUUACAUUCAGUCCCUACUAGAUUACAGCGUAUGAUGUUAAAUAUUCAGUCUUAUCAUCUUAAUGUUGAAUAUGUCCCUGGUAAACUCAUGGUAUUAGCUGAUACAUUGUCAAGGGCCCCACUUCCUGACUCAGAUGAGGACAAUAUAGAUGAAGAAUUAAUCUUGCAAGUUCAGGUAUUUUCUGAAAAUCUAGCCAUAGGGAAACAAUAUCUUGACAAAAUAAAAAAUGAGACUUUAAAUGAUUCAAUAUUUCAGAAAAUUAAAAAUAUCUGCAAGUCAGGAUGGCCUUUAAAUAAGUCUCUUCUUGAAAAUUCUCUCAAACCUUUUUGGACUUUCAGAGAUGAAAUUCAUGUUAUUGAUGACUUAGUCUUUAAGGGUAAUUGUCUAGUGGUCCCUACUAAACUUAGGUCUGACAUGUUAAAACUUAUUCAUGAAGGUCACAUGGGCAUUGAACGUUGUAGAAAUCAAAUAAAAGAUGUAUUAUUCUGGCCAGGUAUAAGCAAUGACAUUAAAAAUAUUGUAGAAAGUUGUGAGGUGUGCCUUAAGUAUCGGAACAACAAUGCUAAGGAACCAAUGAUUAGUCAUGCUGUACCAGACCUACCUUGGCAAAAACUAGGUAUAGAUUUAUUUCACCACAAUGAUAAAACUUAUUUAUUGGUAGUCGAUUACUAUUCAAAAUUUAUUGAAAUAGCACAUUUGUCCAAGGGUUCACAUGCAAAAUUAGUUAUUACUCAAUUAAAAUCUAUUUUUGCCCGAUUUGGUAUACCGAUGGAGAUAAUAUCGGAUAAUGGACCACCUUUUAAUGCUGCUGAAUUUAAAUUGUUUUGUUCGGAUUGGGGUAUAAAUAUUGUCACUUCUAGCCCAAACUAUCCACAGUCUAAUGGAUUAGCAGAAAGAUGUGUACAGAUAGUGAAAAAGUUACUUAAAAAGUCCUCGGAUACAGGUACAGACCCAUACAUUGCAUUAAUGCAGUAUCGUAACACUGCUAACAAUAGUUUAUGCUCUCCUGCACAGCUACUUAUGUCAAGGAAUCUUAGAACUAAGAUUCCUAUCAAAUUGUCUAGUCUGAAACCAAAAUUAGUGGAAGUAGAAAAUCACAAUAAACAAAUUUCCACCAAAACUGAUAAAGUAAUGUCCCAUUAUAAUAAAAAUACCAAGCAAUUGUCCCAAUUAAAGCAAAAUGAUAAAAUAUUAUUUAAAAUUAAACCUAACAGUACGUGGAGUAAUGGUAAAAUAGUUGAAGUCUGUGCUCAACCUAGAUCCUAUAGAGUUGAAGCAGAUAAUGGUAAAAUCUAUAGAAGAAAUAGAAAGUUUAUUAUUAAAUCUGCAUUAAAAUCUGAAAAUAAAAAUAAAAAUGAAAAGUCUAUUGAAAUCAAUUUACAGGCAGAGACAAAAAAUAGGUUUGGUAGAAAUAUUGUUAAACCAAAAAGAUUCUUAAACUAA